CCCUAUUCACGCAUAAGCUUAUCUAGCUAGCCAAACAAGACGCCUCGCUGAUAGCUGCCUUCACUUUCAGGCUCUAGGUAUGUAUGCUAGGGCAAUUAGUUCCCUAUCUCUUGUUUGUUUGACACGAAAACUACACAUUCUUCUUCCUUCUCUUGGAGGAAAAUCUAUGAUAUAAUAUAGCUACCAGAUAAACACCUCCAUUUCUCGGGAAAGUUUUGCUUUCUAAUGGCGAGUAGGAAGCUGGUUCGAGAUUUGUUCCUAUAUAGGCAGCCCCUUUUUCAUCACCUAACGUCUCAGCAGGGUUUAAGUACGAGAUUACGGUUGCCACCAACAAAUGGAUACUCGGGUUGUCGUCAAUUUGGUGUAUUCAAUGAAUUUUCCAAGAAAAUAAAAGGAGAGGCCAGUAGAAAUCAAGAAUUUCAAGAGUCAGUCAAGGAGCUGAAGGAGAAAGCAGAAGAACUGAAAGGGGUGAAAGAUGACCUGAAAGUCAGAACAAAGCAGACAACUGAGGAGCUGUACAAGCGUGUGGAUGGUGUUUGGACAGAGGCUGAAGCUACAGCAAAAAAGGUUUCUGCCAAUGUUAAAGAGAAGAUUUCAGCUGCAAAAGACGAGGUCAAAGGUACUUUUAAAAUUGGGAAGGAAGAAUCUUCUGAGUCCACUGGCGCUUCAGAUAAAGAUGGUGCAGAUGUAAAAGAUGAUAGCAAGGUCACAUCUGAUCAAGAGACAGACAAACAAACUGGGACUAGAGAUAAUGCUGAGACUAUUUUUGGAAAUUUUAAGUCAAGCAUACCUUCCUCAAAGGUAUCUUUGGCUUUCCAGAAAUUGAAGGAAGCAAAGGUCACCGACUUUGUGAAGAAGGGGUAUGAUGUUGUGAAAGAUGAAUUAUAUGGUAAUCCUAGCAAGAGAAAACACCUGGAGCGUACUCCUCCUCCUUCCUUCAAAGGUGAAACAAGCACAAGAACUGACAUUGUUGUUCUACCCACAAAGCAGUCUCGGUGGAGUAAAAAGUGGGAGGCAUUUAGAGGAAAGAUGCAAGGUCAUCCUUUAUUCAAGCGUUUUGCUGGCUUUAGUGAGCCUGUUGUAACAAAGAGUCAAGAGAUUGCAGAGGACAUGCGGGAAAGAUGGGAGACCAGUGAUAAUCCUAUAGUUCACAAAAUUCAGGAUGUUAGUGAUACUAUCUUUCAAGAAACAGAUGCUGCUGCAUCAUUGAAGGAAAUACGUCGUCGAGAUCCAUCAUUCUCUUUGAUGGAUUUUGUGGCUGAAGUUCAGGAGGCUGUUAGACCUGUCCUUAAUGCCUACAUGAAGGGAGACUUGGAAACUUUGAAGAAGUACUGCAGCCCUGAAGUCAUCACUCGGUGUGAGGCAGAGCACAAAGCUUUUCAGAGCCACGGUAUAUUUUUUGAUAACAAGAUUCUACAUAUAUCAGAGGUGGAAGUACGAGAGACCAAAAUGAUGGGAACCUCCCCGAUAAUUAUUGUAGCUUUCCAGACUCAGCAAGUCCACUGUGUACGUGAUCGUAAUGGUGCAAUAACAGAGGGAGGCAAGGAUACAAUCCACACUGUUUACUAUGCAUGGGCUAUGCAACAAGUUGAUCCAGAAGAACUUGGAGAAGGUGCUAUCUACCCAAUAUGGAAGCUAAGAGAGAUGCAGCAACUUGGUAUCCAAGCCCUCAUCUAGACUUCGCUCUUACAAUCUACUGAUACAUCAUGUACGAUUAGAAAAUCCUCUUGCUAUUUUCCUCCCUUAUGAUCUAUCAUUUCUUUUGUACUGCUGCUCUGGAUUUUGUGGUUCCAGGGAAAGCUUUGGGCGAUAUUUCUUUUUAAUUUUGAUCAAAUAAAGAAAUUGGAUACUUUGCCAA